AUGGACUACAGAAGUACAGUAAGACCAAAAAAUAUAAAGCUCUAUGUCAAAAGAGUCUUCAUUUCAGAUGACUUUGAUGGAGAAUUGUUUCCUAGAUAUAUGAGCUUUAUAAAAGGUGUUGUGGAUUCAAGUGACCUUCCUCUUAACGUCUCUCGUGAGAUUCUCCAAGAAAGCCGAAUUGUGAGAAUUAUGCGGAAACGAUUGCUUAAGAAGGCCUUUGACAUGAUCCUUGGCAUAUCAAUGAGUGAGAACAAAGAUGAUUAUGAGAAGUUCUGGGAGAACUUUGGCAAACACCUGAAAUUGGGUUGCAUCGAAGAUCGUGAUAAUCACAAACGUAUUGCACCUCUGCUACGAUUCUUCUCAUCUCAAAGUGAACAAGAGAUGAUAAGCUUAGAUGAAUAUGUAGAAAACAUGAAACCUGACCAGAAGGAUAUCUAUUACAUUGCUUCUGACAGUGUAACUAGUGCCAAAGAUACACCUUUCCUUGAAAAGCUUUUGGAGAAGGAUCUCGAGGUACUCUUCUUAGUUGAACCCAUUGAUGAGGUUGCCAUUCAGAAUUUAAAGGCAUACAAGGAGAAGAACUUUGUGGACAUCAGCAAGGAAGGCUUAGACUUAGGAGGGGAAAAUGCGGAGAAAGAAACAGAGGUGAAACAAGAAUUUGGAAAAACUUGUGACUGGAUUAAAAAGCGACUGGGUGAUAAAGUUGCUAGUGUCCAAGUUUCUAAUCGUUUGAGCUCUUCACCAUGUGCUCUUGCAUCUGGUAAAUUCGGUUUUUCAGCUAAUAUGGAAAGGUUGAUGAAGGCACAAAAUUCUAGCGGUUCAAGUCCUCUUGAAUUCAUGAAAAGUAGAAGGGUGCUUGAGAUUAAUCCUGACCAUCUGAUUAUCAAAACUUUGCAUUCUGCGUACAAGAGUGGUUCAGAGGAUGAAGAAGUUCUUAGAGCUGUUGAUCUAUUAUAUGAUUCAGCACUAAUCUCCAGUGGUUUCACUCCUGAAAACCCUGCAGAAGUUAGUGGAAGACUAUAUGAUUUGUUGGGCGCAAGUUUAUCAGAAAAAUGGGUUCAUCACUUGAUGCUCAGCAGCCACAAGAAUCCUGAGAUAGUUGAAGCUGAGGUAGUCGAGCCAGUUGAAGCUGGUAAUCAGAAAUGA